GGACGGCAGGGGGCGGUAAAGCGGCAGAUGUAAAACCAAUCGCCGGAACCCAACAGGAGAAGAAGCCGGCCAGCCCAGUACUAGCUGAUCGGUUGUUGGUUGCAGGACUACAGAGGUGAGUUCAGACAAACCUGCACACAAAUGUGAGCGUUGCGAGGUGAUACCUGUACAGCAGACGAGACCUGCUGCUUGUCAAGGCCGCACCCAGGAAUUUGGCAGGAGCGGCGCCGGUUCGCUUCGGUCUUGGAAUGGCUCUCUCCUUCCUCUUGGUUUUAGCUGCUACUGUAAUCCUUAUAAGACCCGAGACGCCUGUAACAAAGGCCUCGCAUCACAACUCUCUGGAGUGCUGUGGUGAGAAACAGCGACUCAAUAGCUCCUGCUCCAAUGACACUCACUGUGAACCAGGAUGUUUCUAUCGUGUUCUGGAGAACAGCAACACCGUCUGCAUAUUCUGCGACUCGGCUGCUGUGUAUCUGGAGAACGUCACGAUCUGCGCCUACAAUUACACAGUGGAGCGCCGAAAUCACACAACAGUAACUACUGUCAUUCCUAAAAUUGGUGGACCAGGUGUGGCUGCAUCUCUUCUUCUAGGAACUCUGUUGAUCAGCUUGUUCCUCAUUCUCUCUGUGGCUUUAUUCUUCUACCUCAAACGCUCCAGCCGACUCCCGAACAUCUUCUACCGGCGGAACAAAGCUUUCAUUUUUCAGCCAAGUGAAACAGCUGUCAUGAUUCCCUCUUCGUCAGUGCGUAAGCCGAGAUAUGUUCGUCGGGAGCGGUCCUCUGGAGCGUCAGCGCGGAACAGCGCCGCCACGCCCACAGCAGCCGCCACCAGAGUUUACAAUGUGUAGGAGAGAACGCUCAGGAAGAAUGUUUGGUUUUAAUCGUCCGAAGUGAAGGAAGAAAAGCUGCUGCUGCUGCAUCCAUGUCACUGUGGAAGUCUCUGCUUUUUAUUGUAUGUUUUAAAUCAUUAUCGAGAUAACUGAAAUAGCUUUUCCUCUUAGCUUUAGAGAUAAAACAUCAAAAGGAACAAAUUCAUCUCUUUAGUUGUGGUUGAAAGGCUUCUUGUUGACUGAAGAGGAGGCUUUUGGAUGGAAAAUCUUGUUACUUUUUAAUCGAAUUGUUGAGUGAGUCCCAAUGAUGGGGUUUAGGAGCGGACGAGAUAACCAGCACACACUUCAGGCCACAACCUACAUUUUUAACGCAGGAAAAAGAUGAGACAAAUCAAGGUAAACUCAGAUUUUUUAUGAGAAGAUUGUCAAUUUUGUUGGAAUUUCUUUCUGUUGUGCUCCUGUUUUUGUAACUGUGCACUGAGGACCGUCAGAGUAAACCACGUGUUGCUUUGCGUAGUUAUUGAUGCACUGUACUGACGAACUGUUGUUUUAUUUACUGUUUCUGUAUUUAUUUAUUCUACUGAAAACUGAAUGUAUUUAGUCUGUUGAACAAACCACUCAAGUGUCAUAAAUUCCACAAGUGAAAGUGGUUUUUUGUAUAUAUAUAUAUUUCUCCAUGUCAUCCUGCUAAAAUGUUCUCAAAUGUUUUAAGAAAAUCUGCAAUUUCUUGUGCACUUUAUCUGACCACUCCAGCAAAAAACACUAAAAAUCUCGAGCCAUAAAUGAUAAUUUUGAAAUUAAGAGCUUUGCUUGACAAAUAGAACUUUUGCCAAAUUCUUCGCGAUGUGCCAUUACUGUAACAACUGUGCCAUUAAGAGCUUUAACUUGUUUGAUGGAUUUGUGGUGAGUCUUUUUAUUUUCAGGUGCAUUUAUAAUUAUUGUGCUUAUGUGUCAAUUGUUUGAAUCUUUAUUAGUCCACUUUAGUGAACAAAAUCCAGUUUCCUGUUCACGUACAGCUAUCUGAAGUGAAGUAGAGAGAAGAACGAGUCAUUCCCUCAUUAUUUGAUGUUUUUACUUUUGACAUUUUUUUUUUUUUACAUGUUUUUUUUUUCUUCCUAAUGAAUUGUUUUUGUAUUGAAGCAUUGUUCUGAUGUGAGACAUGUUUUAAUUACUGGAAUAAAGCUCUGUUGCAAAGAA